UGCAGGCGGCGGCUCGGAGCUGGCCCCGCUGUCGCCCGACCCCUCGCGCGUUGGGAGGAAAGUUUCCUCCUUUUUGGCCCCUUCCUCUUUUCCAAUCUGGAUUUGGGAGCCUGGAAGCAGCUUUCUGGGCUGGGCAGGAGCAGCAGGAUGGGCAACGCGGCCGGUAGCGUGGACCAGGCUCCGGCGAAGGAGACUAAGACCCCGCCACCAGCGGCAGCUCUGCCAGCCAAGCAGCCUGCAGCGCCGAAGCAGCCCAUGCCCAGCGCUGGGGAGCUGGAGGAAAGAUUCACCCAUGUGCUGGAUUCCAUGAACCUGCCGCCCGACAAGAUGAAGCUGCUCAGCCAGUAUGACAGCGAGAAGAAGUGGGAGCUGAUCUGUGACCAGGAGCGGUUCCAGGUCAAGAACCCCCCCUCUGCGUACAUCCAGAAACUGAAGAGCUACUUGGACACGGGCGGAGUCAGCAGAAAGGUGACCUCCGAUUGGCUGAUUGCCAUGGCGUUUAAGAGGCGAGUGCAGGAGUCCACACAGGUGCUCCGAGAGCUGGAGAUCUCGCUGAGGACCAACUAUAUCCGCUGGGUGCAGGAGUUCCUGAACGAGGAGAACAAGGGGCUGGACGUGCUGCUGGAAUACCUCGCCUUCGCCCAGUGUGCCGUCACGUACAAUAUGGAGAGCGCAGAUAACGGGAGCCCGGGCUCUGACAAGGGCAAGUCCCCGGACAGAUCCAUGGAGGACCUCAGCAAGAGCAGCUCCUCGUCCCCCACACAGGGCUCCUCCAAAACGAGGCACCUGACUAUCAGGUGCUGCCACUUGAACCAGCAGAUCCACACAUUCUUUCAACAAGUCCACCCAAGCGUCCCCUCCAGCGCCCCUUGGAGCGAUCAGGAGAGUAAACCCAGGCCACCUAUGAACUCCUAUGCGCCCCGACUCAACCCGGCGCCCAGCAGGAAGGCUCUGCGGAACUCGCGCAUCAUCGGCCAGAAGGACGACGUCCACGUCUGCAUCAUGUGUCUGCGCGCCAUCAUGAACUACCAGUCUGGAUUCAGCCUGGUGAUGAACCAUCCAGCCUGUGUCAACGAGAUCACCUUGAGUCUGAACAACAAAAACCCCAGGACCAAAGCCCUCGUCCUGGAGCUGCUGGCCGCUGUGUGCCUGGUCCGAGGAGGGCACGACAUCAUCCUUGCUGCCUUUGACAACUUCAAAGAGGUCUGCGGAGAGAAGAAUCGCUUUGAGAAGCUGAUGGAGUAUUUCCGAAAUGAGGACAGUAACAUUGACUUCAUGGUGGCCUGCAUGCAGUUUAUCAACAUCGUGGUGCACUCGGUGGAGAACAUGAACUUCCGCGUCUUCCUGCAGUACGAGUUCACUCACCUGGGGCUGGAUGAGUAUCUGGAGAGGCUGCGUUACACGGAGAGCGACAAGCUGCAGGUGCAGAUCCAGGCGUACCUGGAUAACAUCUUCGACGUGGGUGCCCUGCUGGAGGACACAGAGACCAAGAAUGCCGUGCUGGAGCACAUGGAGGACCUCCAGGAGCAAGUGGGGCAUCUCACAGAGAAGCUCCAGGAUGUGGAGAACGAGUCAAUGGCCAAGAUCGCGGAGCUGGAGAAACAGCUGAGCCAGACGCGCCGUGAAGCAGAGACGCUGCGGGAGCGGCUCAACGACUCCAGCGGCCAAGCCCGGCCCCCCCCGCAGCAGCGGCCGGCGGACGCCCGUCCCUCGGCCUUGGAGCAGAAGCUGGAGGAGCUGGAGGAGAAGGGGUUAGUCCGGAUCCUGCGUGGGCCAGAGGGAGCCGUUGCCAUCGAGAUUGUCCCUGUUGUCAUGGAAACCACAGCAGUCCCCACGGUUCCUAUAGAAGCUGCCGCCUCUACCAGCACAGAUUUCCCAUCUCCUUCCAUUUGCUCCCCACUGCCGCCCCCUGCUGCUGCCCAGACGAUUCCUCAGCCUCCAUCUCCCCCACCACUGCCCCACACCGACGACGCAGGCUCUGUCAACCUGCCUUCUCAGCAGCAAGCCCCACCUUCUGCACCCCCUCCGCCUGCCCCGCCCCUUCCUGGGGUCGAAAUCCCACCACCUCCUCCCCUCUCAGUGGAGGGUGGCCCGGCACCUCCCCCCCCACCCCCCCCACCCCUGGGAAUGCCAGCUGGAGAGGUCAGUGGCCCGAGCACAGCAGCCAGUUCAGCCGUCAAGAUCAAGAAGCCAAUUCAAACCAAGUUCAGAAUGCCCAUCUUCAACUGGGUGGCUCUGAAACCCACCCAGAUCAACGGGACCGUCUUCAACGAGCUCAACGACGAGAAGGUCCUGCAGGAACUGGACAUGAAUGACUUUGAGGAGCAGUUCAAGACGAAGGCUCAGGGCCCCAGCUUAGACAUCAGCACCCUGAAGGUGAAGGCUGUUCAAAAGGCCCCUAGCAAGGUGACGCUGAUCGAGUCCAACCGAGCCAAGAACCUGGCCAUCACGCUCCGCAAGGGCGGCCUCAGCAUCGACAGCAUCUGCAAGGCCAUUGAGACGUACGACUUGCAGAGCCUGAGCCUGGAUUUCCUGGAGCUGCUGCAGCGCUUCGUGCCCACCGAGUAUGAGCUGACGCUGAUCCGCAAGUACGAGAAGGAGCAGCGGCCGCUCGAGGAGCUGUCGGACGAGGACAUCUUCAUGAUCAAAUUCAGCCAAAUCCCUCGCCUCGCCGACCGCAUGAACAUCAUGACCUUCCUGGGCAACUUCAGCGACACGGCCCAGCUCCUGAUGCCGCAACUCAAUGCCAUCAUUGCAGCCUCCAUGUCCCUCAAGUCCUCCACCAAGCUCCGCAACAUCCUGGAGAUCGUCCUGGCCUUCGGGAACUAUAUGAACAGCAGCAAGCGUGGAGCGGCCUACGGCUUCCGGCUGCAGAGCCUCGACGCGCUGCUGGAGAUGAAGUCGACGGACCGGAAGCAGACUCUGCUGCACUACAUUGUGCGGGUGAUCAUGGAGAAGUACCCGGAGCUGACGGGCUUCCACACCGAGCUGCACUUCCUGGACAAGGCGGGCUCAGUGUCCCUGGACAGCGUGUUGCAGGACAUGAGGGCCCUGCAGCGGGGCAUGGAGCUGACCCGCAAGGAGUUCAUGCGGCAGGACGACAGCCAGGUGCUCAAGGACUUCCUCAAGGCCAACACUGAGGUGAUGGAGAAGCUGCAGACUGACAGCAAAACUGCCCAGGAGGCCUAUGAGUCAGCUGUGGAGUACUUCGGGGAGAACCCCAAGACCAGCCCCCCCACCAUGUUCUUCCCUAUAUUCGUGCGCUUCGUCAAGGCCUAUAAGAAAGUGGAGCAGGACAUCGAGCUGUGGAGGAAAGAGGAAGCAGCUGCCAAAGAAGUGGAGUCCAAUUCCCCCAGGAAGCCAGAGCCAAAGUCUCCUGUCCACAAGGCCAAGCGCCAGCAGAUGGACAUGAUUGCUGAGCUGAAGAAGAAGCAGAUGGUGAAGGAGCCCCUCAUUUACGAGGGAGGAGAUGGUGCCAUUGAGGACAUCAUUUCGGGUCUGCGGAACCAGCCGUACAGACGCGGCGACACCGGCCGGUGCAGCGGCAAGAAACGACCCAUGGGCCAGACCCUCCAGGUGACCCCUGACAUCUCGCUGUGACCGCCCGCCUACAGUGAUGCCCUGACUGGAGGAGGCCAGCCUGCAGCACCGCCCCGCCCCGCCCGGGGAGAGGAGGUGGAUGUGACCCACAGGGACUGGGCCACCAUGGACCAAGGCCUGAACCAAGGACUCUCACCGAUGGGAGAAUCCCUGCUCGCAGCUUCAAGCCGCUUAACUGCUCCGAGUGCCAGCUGGUGCCAUGCACACCCUUCCCCCCAAACCAGCCCUGCACGUCUGGCACAGGGCUCUCCCCCGCUGGCCAUGUCCCUGCUGCCUGGGCAGCCAAGUCAUUGGCUCGGGGGGGGAGGGGGAAUGUUACGUGUGUGGCAGCUGCUUGAGCUCCACAUGAGAGACCAGAGGGGGGUUAGGGCCCCAGUAGCGAUUCCCAUCCCUCUUCUCCCUCACGCAACACCACAUGCUGGGCUGGACCACAGCCACUGACCGGGGCCCCCCAGUGCACCAAGAGUGAGGUCUGCCCGCAGUCUGUGCUAGCCCUGCCUUCCUGCCUGCCAAUGUCUGGCAGAUGCUGUCUGGCUUGGGAUUGCAGUCCAUGGGCUGCAUCUUGUACUGUGAUUGCCCCUCCCCUGGCCUGACUGGCCUUCUCGUGCUGCUUUAGGGCUGACCCUGACCCCAGCCUCCCGCUCGGCCUUGGCACUGCCUUGCCCUGAUCUCUGUUGUAGUGAGAACAGAGCGCCCAGGCUCUCGCCUCCCUGGCCCCGGCCUGGCUGCAAGGGGGACCUACAGAGCUGUGCUAGGCUGACAGGGGCUGUUGCACCAACCCUCUUGGCUGGCAGGUGGGAAUAGGGUGACCAGCCAUCCUGAGCUGAGGGGCUUUGUCUUACAUAGGCACCUAUACUCCCUCCUGGCCCCUGGAAAAAGUGUCCCGAGUAGUCACACCCUUCUCUGGUCACCUAACGUGGGAACGGUAUUUUAGGGUGGCUUUUAAAUGUCUUCCUUGGCUUUCUUGUUAUGCUGCACUGCGUGGGGGAGGCAGGGAGGGGAUGCCGCUGUUCCUCCCUGGGCUCAGGAUGGGAGCAGCCCCUCUCUCAUCCCCAGGGAGGCUCCAAACAAUGACAAUCAACAGGGGUAAAGCAGCACUAUUCCUCAUGUCACCACAAGGUGUCACCCUUUCCCCAUGCCAUCUGCACCCCGCCCCCGGGCUGGGCUGGGGCCACAGCUCAGACCUAGUGCCCCCUAAGCCCUGGGCAGGGCUGGAGCCUCUAAUUGUACAGCUAAGCCUUUCACAGGCAGAUGAGUGACAAUCAGAACAACUGGCUCUGGGCUGCAAGGCUGGCCGGGAUGUCUGUCGAAGCCCUAAGCACACACCAGGCUGCACGGGUGCCCCCAUUGCCAGGGGGCUGCAGUAAUGCAGCUGUGCCCUCCUGGCUGCAGAGCAGGGAUGUGGCUCUGGCCAGCUGCAGCAACCACAGGCGCAGCGUGUGUCUACGCUCCCAGCUGCAUGGCUGUGCACCCAGCUGCAGCGAGGGCUGUGGGCUGCGGCUCCCCAUCCCCUCCCCUUUAGCCCCCGGACUCAUGCCUCAGCCCCAGGCGCUGGUGGAAUGAUGCAGCCCCCCUGCUUGCUGGAGUAGAGGAGCCCACUGAGAUCGAGCCCUGAGUUCCACGGUGCUCGCCCUCCUUCUUUCGGCCUGACUCAGGGCAUGCAGCUGCCAUGGAUCCUCUUGCUAGGCCAGGCUUUUCGAGCAGGACUAGCCAUGUUUGCAAGCCAGAGCUGUGAUUGCUUCCUGCUGUAAUUAAGGGGCAAAAUGCCAGCUGCUUGGUCUCACUCCCAGACGCUCAUCACAAUGCAGGCGGGGUGGGGGGUGGGGAAAUGAAUGUGUAACUUAUACCAUGCCUUUAAGAAACAGGAACUGCUCCUUUGUAUACAUUAUUUUUAUAUCCUGGCUGUGAGGCCUGGUUUAAUCUGGUAAUAAACCCACUACGGCUACA